AUGUCGAUAAAUACAAACACAAGUCAAGAAGAAGUGAAAUUAACGAAUCUAUCAGAUUUAAAUAAUCAUGAUUCUAAUAAUCAACAAAAUUCUCAUAAUUCUCAAUUUCAAACUGAAAAUGAAAAACAACAACAAGAACCUUAUAACAUAGAAAAUGAUAAUUCAAGUUCAAAUUCUAAAAUUGAAGAUCAAGAAAUUCAAAAAUUUUUAGAAGAUGAUACAACUUCUUCAGAAAAUUUUGAUAUGAUUGAAUUAGAAGCAAAUGAUGAAAUAUUACAUUUAAAAAUGAAAUUGAUAAAUGAUACAAUUGAUGAAAUUGGUUUUACUCCUUAUCAUUUAAAAUUAUUUUUUUUAAAUGGUAUGGGAUAUUGGACAGAUACUCAAUUAACUUAUUUAGAAAGUACUGUUAGAACUUUUAUAAAUUAUCAAUUUAAUUAUAAAUUCCCAGUUAGUGCUGAAUGUUAUGCUGGUGGAAUGAUUUUAGGAGCAUUAGUUUGGGGAUUUGGUGCUGAUUUAAUUGGUAGAAAAUUAGCUUUUAAUUUAAGUUUAUUAUUAAGUGCAAUUUUCACUAUAAUGACAGGAAUGAUGGGUAAUAUGUCAAGUUAUUGUUUAUUUGUUUUAUUAUCUGCUUUUGCUGCUGGUGGAAAUUUAGUAUUAGAUACUUGUGUAUUUUUAGAAUUUUUACCUCAUAAAGAUCAAUGGUUAUUAACAUUUUUUGCAUUUUUUUGGGGUAUUGGUCAAACAGUUGCUGUUGCUUUAGGUUAUGCUUUUUUACCAAAUAAUUCUUGUGAUUCUUAUGAAAAUUGUCCUUCAAGUGAAAAUCAUGGCUGGAGAUAUGUUUGGUAUACAAAUGGUUGUAUUGUUUUAGCAAUGGCUAUAUUAAGAGUAACAGUAAUAAGAUUAAAAGAAACUCCAAAAUUUUUAAUUGCAAAUAAUAGAGAUUCUGAAGCUGUUCAAGUAUUACAAGAAAUUGCAAAAAAAUAUAAUAGACCAUGUUCAUUAACUUUAGAUCAAUUAUUAGAAUGUGGUACAAUAAAAUCAAAUCAUGAUUAUAGAAAAAAUUUUAGUGUGAUGGGUACAUUCAAAUUAAUGUUUCAACAUUUAAAAAUUUUAUUUGCAACUUCAAAAGCUAUAAGAUCAACUAUUUUAUUAUUUAUUUCUUGGGCAUUUUUAGGGAUAAGUUAUCCAUUAUAUUCAUCAUUUUUACCACAAUAUUUAGCAACGAGAGGUGCAAAUAUAAGUGCAGAUACUAUAGGAGGAGUCUAUAGAGAUAAUUUAAUUGCAAAUGUUUGUUCUAUAGGUGGACCAAUUAUUGCAGGAUUAAUGUUAUAUUUUUUACCAUCAUGGGUUGGAAGAAGAGGUGUAUUAUUUAUUGGUGGUAUAUCAACAAUGGCUUUAUUAUUUGGUUAUACUCAAGUUAAAACAAGAGCUGAAAAUGUUGGUUUUACUUCUUCUGUUUAUUGUUGUCUUUAUAUUUAUUAUGCUGUUAUUUUCGCUUAUACUCCAGAAGUAAUGCCAAGUGCAGCAAGAGCUACAGGAAAUUGUUUAUGUUUAUUUGCAACAAGAAUUUGUACUGCUAUGGUUCCAAUUAUAGCUUAUUUUUCAAAUACUUCAAGUUCUAUACCUAUUUGGAUUUGUGGUGCUUUUGUUGGAGUUAUUGGAGUUAUUGCUUUAUUUUUACCUUUUGAACCAAGUAAACAAAGGGUUGUUUAA